AUUCCCCGUGUCCGCUUUGUCGAAGCCGGUCUCGCACUAUCUUACUAUCAAGAUAAUAGCAAGCCUGCAUCCAAGGUUACAUCGGCACGUGCAUGUUUUCUUCUCGAGGAAGUUAUCGAUGGCAGAGACGAGGAUUUCGUCAAGUAUAUUCACAACAUGGAUCCCAACCCGUUACUUGAUCCAGAUGAAUCCGGGUAUGACUUCGCAUUGUUUCUUGCCUUCACACAACAUGUGCAGUAUGCAAAGACAGGUGGGCUCGUCUUCAUCUCCGAUUAUCAAGGCAACGACAAGCUGUUGACCGACCCACAGAUUAUGACGCAUCCUUCAGUUAGCGAGCAGAAAGAUAUGUUUGGGGGGGGCAACAUCGAGAAAGCCGUCAGUGAAUUUGAGACUCGCCACAUUUGCAACCACUUUUGCAAAUGGCCAGGGUUUGAACUCGAGGAGUUUGGGGGCGAAGUAGCUUAG